AUGAGCAUUAAAAAGGCGGCCAAGCAUUAUGGAAUUCCACGAUCAACGAUCCGAUUUAGACUUGCGAAAGAAAACCAAACUGUGUUCCGCUCAGGACCGGCUACAAUCUUGACACAAGAGGAGGAAUCCGAACUGGAAAACUGGUUGUUCGAUAUGCAGAAACGUGGUUUCCCCGUAAGUAAAUCGAUGCUGCUAGAUAAUGUGCGAAAGUAUUUGGACGCAAACCCUAGAACAAAAAAGCUUUCGGAGAACGUUCCAGGUCGAACAUGGAUGCAGCUUUUCAUUAAACGUCAUCCGAAAAUAUCGCUGCGGACUCCGGAGUUUGUGACGAAGGGGCUAGUGCUACUGUGUCUCUGA